CUUGGUCCUGGAUCUGGAAAGUGAGUAGUGAGUACCAUUCCAAAAAUCCAAUACUUUCUUUGGCUUCUUAUGCAUGGUAGGAUUCUUACAUUUGACACUCUUGCUCAAUGGGGGAGUGGUUUCCAACAAUGGAUGCCCCAGGUGUAGUAAUGGCCCUGAAACUGUUAAUCAUAUGUUUAGCGAAUGUCAAUAUGCUUCCCUGUUUUGGGACCCUAUUGAUCCUUAUUCCAACUCUACUUACGAUCAAAACCUUGACCUUGAAAGUUGGAUUAAAGCCAAUGUUUGCUGGGAGAACCCCAGCAAUCUUGCCUUCUUCAUGGCCUACUAUUUUCUCUUAUGCUGUCUGGUCCAUAUGGUAUUCUAGAAUUCAAACUUGUGCAUGAUAAAAAACAGAUUUCUAUUGUUGAACUCAAGUGCACUACUUUGGACAAAAGCUCAGGAAUUCAUCAGGCACAACCCUAUCUGUACUGAAUCUAAACCCAAAAACACCAUUUCUGUGGGUUGGGUUCCCCCUCCAGCUGGUAUUGCCAAAAGAUUGAUGGUUCUGCCCUUAGAAACCCAGAUCACUUCUGGAAUGCUUUUCUAAUGUUUGGAUAUCCCGUAUAUGUAAGGAAGCAAAUGCGGCUGCCAACUACCCGGCUAUGCCAUGGAUUUUGUUUUGUAUGAGAGCCCUCCUGGGAUCUCUUCCAUUUUGUUUCAUGAUUGUACCGGUACUGUGUUCCCAAAUGCUAUUGUAGCCGCUUAAUCAUAUAUAUAUAAAUCUCUAUUUACCCC